GGGUCCCAGAUUGGCUUCUCCUUCACUGGGCGUAUCUUUGUCCCAUCAUGGGGAACGCCGACAACAACGAGGACAACAGCCAGCCGGACAGUCCAGGUGGAAGUGGUGGCAGUCGACUUCCCCUGCAGCUGGGACGUUUGCCCUCAGAUCGAUUGGAACGGGUGCACCAGGCCAUGGAGGAACUUAAGGAGGCGGGGUUGACAGACAUCAAAGACUUGGCGAUCUUGGCUCAGAGCGUGAAGAAGGGCCAAGCGGCUGGGAACGCCAAGGAUCCCACGGAGCAACACACCUCGGAGUACAUGGGUAUGACACAAUGGGCCUGGACUCCAAAGAGGUGGUUCCAGAGUAUCGAGGCGACCGGGGAGCCGAAAGGCACCAAGAGCGAAGACCUGCCAAGAGAGGUCGAAGGAGACCAGCUUCCAGCUGUUCCUGACAGCGUGGUCGCCCUCUGCAACAAACGUUCCGCGAGUAGCCAGUUCUUCAAGGAUUGGUACCAGCUGAUGCAGGUGGCAGAGGCAGAGAUCCGCUCCAUGGCCAACAUGGAGAAGGAGGUAAAGACUCGAGGUGAUGGCCCCGGCGUCUGGUUUGAACCAACCCCUUCGGUCAAAGGAUCGGGAGUGCUUGCACGGUACCAGACACCCCUCACAUACAUUGGUGGCUCCGCUCCCGCCUUCGCCGGGAGGAGAGGUCCGUCAGCAGCGGGGCACUCUGGGCGGGUGCGUCCCAAUGAUGCCGCCACCUUGCUGUCCAUCCACCUGGACGAGGGUUUAGGAAUCGACUGCUGGCAGCAUGUGAUGAAAGAGCACGGGGUAGACACCACAGGACGAGCACAGGACUUCUACGGCUGUAGCCAGGUGCUCUUCUCCCAAAGCCGAACGGGUCGCUAUGUGCCACGAAGUAUCUUUGCAGGUUCGCAGAAGUCUAUGGAUACCGUGAGCCAAGCUGGAAUGUUUGAUCCCCUGUCCAUCGUCGUGGCACCUGAAGGGUGCAGUCUGGAGACCGCCUGCGAUGAGGGGCUGAAGAUUCCAGAGCUUUUGGAGGCCGUGCGCUUGCAGCUGGAGCGCAGCGAUUACGUGGAGGGGGUCUUGGUCUCCUCGACCAUCGGCCAGGACUUUGGCACCAGUGCCCUGCAGAAGGCGAUCUUGAAUCAUGUGACGAUGGAGAUGCCGAAGCUCAUCAAGGUUUGCUGCUCCUGCAUUCCAGAUUGCCAGGCGGAUCCCUCCAGGGCUGCGGCCAAUGCGGCGAUCUCCACACGAACCUGGCGGAAAAUGCGGUCAUCCGUUGCGGAUCACCACGAUGCGCAUGAUUGUGGUCGGGUGGGUCUAACCUGACCUUGUGUGCCAUAUGCCCAUCUCUUGAUCAUGUGUUUUUUUUCUGCUUGUGGUCGAUUCAAUCUCUAUGCAUGACUUGUCCAUAGAUUUUUUUGUUUUCCAUGUACCACCGUGCGGUCACACGUUUUCAUCCGACAUGGCGUUCAAAGCCGAUGUGCUCGAGUCAAUGGAGGCUAUGAGGAACCCCAGCUUUGUCAGAUGUUGGUAAGCCAUCCAAAGCAUUUCAUGGUGAUUAUUUCAACAUCAAAAUCUUGCGCAAGAUAUACCUACAAGUCCAGUCUGACUCUGUCAAACCUGUUUUUUCGGGUAGU